AGUCUGCAAACUUUCCGCUUCCAGAGCUCAAUCCUCCAACUCUUUGAACCGCAUUCCACCCUUAAUAUCAUAUACCCCCCAAAAACGAAUUCCUCUGGCUUGAGUUUAUAAUAAUUUUCUUUCCUUUUACCCUGUACAAAUCUUUAACACCGCAACUCCAGAGACCCUCCGCCCCGGCACAAUCUUGCAACAUGUGGACAGGCCAACCGCCCACAGCUGGGCACACCCCAAGUACUCCCCCCAGACACCCCCAGCUACCGCGAGGAGAUAGUUUGGAAGAUCAGGUCAGAGGAAUGAUCAUUAGUAAUUCGGCGGGCUAUCGUCAAAGCAGCCAGGAUGUCUCCCCGGGGCAUCCCCCGCUGCAAAUGCCACUUACGCCCCACUCUCAGGAUCGGUUUUACGAGAAGCAAGAUUACAGCAUUCCAUUUCCAUCAGAAAGUCCUGGGUUCGAUUCUCAGCUUUUACCAAUCAACCCCUCUUCUCAAGUAUCUGGUUGGCAUCUCUCAUUUCCCCAGAAUCGCACUUUUCGCAACUCCACGAACAUUCUCCCACUUACCUCAAGAUCGAACCUUCUAGGUCCUCAAACCCAGGGCUCGCAGUUUGGAGCACCCCUCCCACCAGUCCAUUCGGCACACUUAUCGCCAUCCCAACAACCACCUUUUACUCCGGGAGCGCAACCGCGGCGUACAGUACCACUGCUGCCGCAAAAUCAGUUUCCGAAUCGCUCCUCAAUCCCAACCCAUCAGGAUCAACGACAUAUGCGCCCUACCCUGCAACAGUAUCCCACGCCUCAACACCCACACCACCACCACCAACAACAACAACAACAACCGGCCCUAAAUAGACAGGUUAAAGCACGGGAAUAUCCGUAUACUAGUGUUAGAAGGCCUCAAUUCCGGCGUGGUUCUCAGCGCAACAAUCCCAAUCAGCAUUCGAACAUCCGUUCCCCGCCUUCUACUCCUCCUACUACUUUUUUGCCCGCAGACAGUCAUGAUCAAUUUCCCCCUCUUGGAGCUGAGCGCCCCAAAGACGCUCCACCCAAACCUCCACCUAAAUCGCCGCAGAAAAAUACACAGGGACAAGCCCAAUACAGGGCACAGCGUCCACCAUUUCCAUUGCAGAGUCGUCCGCCCCCUCAGCGGAAACCAGCUUUUCGGAAUCCCCAGGUGUCUUCACAGGCGGGGAAAGACCGGAUGGGUCCCUUCAACCCAGAGCAGAUGGUUCAUGAACAGAAUACCAACCUCCAGGUAUUUGCCAGGGAAAUUAUCACAGCCGCUACGCCGACUCCGGAAGAGUUGGGCGCUCAAAACCGGCAUUUGAAAAAGUGUAGAGCGAUCUGCCAGGGAGUCUGCCCAGAAGGGGAGUUGGUCCCCUUUGGAAGCCUAGUUAGUAAGUGCUGCGCCCUUCACUCUUCUCAACUUUCUCUUGACUGUGUACCUUGUAGCCAGUUUGGUUAAUAUCGCUUAAUAUAUCUCUAAUUUGAUUGCCUUGCUCUCCUCCACUGUGUUGGUACCAUAGCCGGAUUCGCAAUAACUGAGUCCGAUCUUGAUGCCGUUCUCACUUUUCCCUAUUCGGAGGACCUUUUCAGCACCCCUGACAAGAGUGACGAGUCUAAUUCUCUUCCACAUAAUCUGGCGAAAGCAUUUCAAUCUGAGGGAUUCAUGGUUACGCUGCUCUUAAAGACCCGUGUGCCGAUAAUGAAGCUUGCACUGAAGGCCACAGAUGAGAACCAAUUUGACCUGAAUUGCGAUAUUGGGUUUAAUAACGACCUGGGAGUGCAUAAUACCAGGAUGCUGCAAACAUAUAGUCGAUGUGAUCCAAGGGUCAAGGAAAUGGUUCUUUUUAUAAAGGUAUUUGCCUUCAUCCCAAUUCCAACCCAGCAAACAUCUCGGCAGUUGGUAAAUUUGUGAACCCAACAUUAACACAUGCUAGUGGUGGGCCAAGAGGAGACAUAUCAAUAGCCCAUACCGUGGUACCCUUUCUUCUUACGGCUACGUUCUCAUGAUCAUUCAUUUUCUGAUCAACGUGGUUGACCCCCCUGUCUUAAUCAAUCUACAGAAUACCCGGAUCCCAGAAGAUGUGCCGGCCGACCAGAUAUUUGAUGAGGGUGGUGAAGGAGAGCACCAGAUUUGGUAUGCUAAAGAUAUCGAACAUCUUCCCAAGACCACAAACCAGAUGCAUGUCGGCCAGCUCCUACAUGGCUUCUUCGAAUAUUAUUCAUACAGGUUCCAAUGGGGAAGAGAGGUCAUCUCGAUCCGGACUCACGGCGGUAUAUUUAGUAAGCAAGAGAAGGGUUGGGUCGCAGCUGUGACUAGGCCAGGGAGGAGCGGGCAAACUCAGGUAAAGGAUAGAUACUUGUUAACCAUCGAGGACCCUUUCGAAACCAACCACAACGUGGGCAGGACGUGCAAUGCCCCCGGGGUAGACAGGAUUCGAGCGGAGUUCAAAAGAGCUGUGAACAUUAUUCGGUUUCGCGAUGGUGGCAAGUCAAUGAGGGAACUUUUAUGCCAGGAGGCGCCGCCGGAAAAACCAUGGGUUAGGAGGGAGGAUGAUGAGUUGAGGGGUGGGAAAUCUAAUCCGGACCAAGACGCUAACAAAGAAACAAACGCCGACGGUGGAAUGCCAACCGAAGGAGGAGGUGAGUGAUGAGAGAUGGCUCGUUCCGAACAUACCCCAAAUGGAGCGGCACUCUGAGUCUGGGAAUUCUAAUUAACGGGAGGUCAAAGGCCUUCCGGAGAACCCAGCCCAAAUAUAUGCUACGCUUUGUUUUUGUUUUCCUUUCUCUUUCCUUGUCUGAGUGGCUCAAUAUAUCACAAGGUUCCAUUUAUCCCAAGAUCAGAAAAGACAAGCAAUUCCAAAGAG